AUGACAAGAAGUGAACGGUUUCGUUGCGCGCGAUGGCGACUUGGUUGGUUACCUCUUGAUGCCCCACUCUCUUAUCUCUUGAACCUACUACCAUCAAUAUUCCUUACUAAGAAAGUGAGAAAAUCAAUUGAUGCCUGGCUCAUACGCUGGCCUUCUAUAUGUGUAAUUCUGCUUGGAGAUGGGCUAUCUCGCUCACUCCCAAAUCCCUGAACCCUCUGACUAUCAUCUUCUUUCAAUACAACAACGAUUUUCUGAUAGUUGAUUAUCAUCACUCAUACAUACACUUCAAUAUUUUCCCCUUUAUAUCCCAAAAGGGUUUUUUCUUUCCUUUUUCUUUUUCCAUAGCAAUCUGAUCAGGGCAAAACAGCAUAUAGAUGCUAUGUGCUUAUUGGACAUUUUUUAAUUUUUAAAUAAAAUUUUUCUUUAAUCGCAUUAAUCACCAAUAUAGUGACGUUAUUAAGAGUAUAUAUAGCUGAAUACUACACUCCUCUUCCAUACGUAUUAUAUAUUCCUUUAUUCUAUCUUACUCAACAUAAGUUUAUUGAUUUUAAAAGAAGAUGAGUAAUCGUUUUAUACUUAUCAUUUCUACUUGUCGAAUAAUCAACGUAGAAAUUUCUUUUGCUGAAGUUGGUUUAAAGAAGCCAGAACUGGAAUCAAAAGCAGAAAUGAAUUACUUGUUUCAGUCAGUUGAACUCAAAACUCU